UAUGGCUGUGCUGACUAUUGAUAAUUCCGAUCAGUCUUUCUCAAAAUGUUACGAAGUGCGCACGUAUGUCAGUUUGUGGUAAAAUAAAGCGCGAUUGUGUGUGUGAUUAUAAAUUAAAAACGAUACCCCGAAGUAAAAGGAACACCAGUGGAUCUUUAUAGCUUUGAUUAAAGUAUAAAUACAAAAGAGAAACGCCAUUGUAAAGUAAAUUCUUCCGGCUUGAUUAACAUUUAACGCUCAAGAUGAAGCAGUUAUUAAUAUUUAUUGGAAUAAUUUGUGUAUUAACAAUUGAGGCUCGGAAUGUUCAAGAACCCGAAGCCGAUUCGACAAACGACGACUCUGAAGAAAAUGCACUUCUGAAACAUAUUAAAGAGCAUGCAAGUAGUCAAAUGCGACACAAACGACGUUCAAGACAAUCGCACUAUGAUUACUGGAACCCUUACCAAUACGAUAAUUUUCGAAGAGAAUCCGACAGGCGCCAAGAUGAUAUGCUUGCCCAGAUAUUUAGACAAUUGGAGGAACUAUCCGCUUAUGUGAAACGUCCUCCACCUCCACCUAUCUAUAUACCAUAUCCAGUGAUAUACUCGGUGCCACAAUACAGGCCUUGUAACUGUAAACCUAGCAAAACGAAUGUAACAUUUCCGGAUAGGCUUCCUGAAAUGGAAGACGAAAAUCAAAAUUGGGGCCCGGUACCAGAAGACGCUCCUGAAGAGGGAUUUGAUAAUGAUGACGAUGGCACACGUCCAAUUAUUUUAAAGCCUAUUGGUACGAAUCGGCCCUCACAAGCUAAUCAACCCCCUUUGGAACAUGGCAGCAGUCAAGCUGGGAUCGAUACCACGACGCGAGCAUCAGUUAAGAUGCCUGGAAUGUGCCAAGCUGCUGUAUUGUUUUGUUGCAAUUUAGAACAACAGCAAAAGUGUUUUGAAAAAUAUGGUUGUCAAAAGUCAUAUAGAUCAGGACAGGCCUGUAGGCUGGAAGUUAUAAAACGCGUUAUAGCAGAUUUCACUGAAGCAUAUUCUCCCAACAACUUGAGUUAAGAAUAUGUAUUGUAGUCACUUAUCAGUAUUCUGUUUAUUUAAAUAGGGCAUAAGUAAAUACGAGUAGAGUACAAUGAAGUGCGUAUUGAUGCGCCUGCGUGAGUUAUAAUAAGGUAAAGUCAUCGAGUACUUAAACCACGAAGUCAAGCCUUUUGUUAUCUAUUUCUAUGAGAAACUUCACAUGAAUUGUAAUCAUGUGACGAUUAACAUAGCAGAGCGUUGAAAGAAUUGCAUCAAUUGCUUUGUACUACUAUUCUUUUUAUUUAUUAGGAAAUUGAGAUUCUUCUCAAUUUACCAACAAAUAUUGCCAUAACAUAAUUUAUCUCUUUUUUUUUAUUUUUGUAGCAAUUUACAUCAUAUUUAGAAUGAAAUAAUCGUUACUUAUAGAACCAUUAAUUUAUUGUCCUAACCAAUGGAGAAAAUCGUAAGAAAAAAUUGUAACAAUCAGGUGUGAUUGCAUUUUCAAAUUAAAUAUAUGAAAUAUCUGAAUAUUGUAAGUAAAAAUAUUGUUCUAUGAGUUAUAUCUAAACUACGAAAUUACCCAUAGCAUUUAUGUUAUUUUAAGUACUAUUUUGUACCUAGUUUUAUAUUGGCAGCUAUGUUCCUAGUCUUAAUAAAACUUACAAAGAAA